CACAAAGCAUUCAUUCAUUGAACAGAGGUUGAACCUCCCACAGUCCUUUGACAACCACAUUCUUUUGUCUGUAGAUCAGACCCAGUCAAUCCUUGAUAUACUUAUCAACCUCGUUCGUCCAGUCCACACGACAGACAAUCACAAGCACUCUUUCAAAAUGCUCUUCAACAAGAUCAUCAGCCUCGCUGCUACCCUGGCCACUGCCUCGGCCCUGCCUUUCGCUCCGGCGCCCCGCAGCAUCAGCGGCGGUGUCACCCUCAUCAACAACCUGUCCCAGGACCUCUACCUCUGGUCCGUCUCGGGCACCGCCUCACCCAUGGUGACCUUGCCCGCUGGCCAAUCCUACCAGGAGACCUGGCAGAUCAACCCCACUGGCGGCGGCAUCUCCAUCAAGAUCGGAUGCUCUGAGGAUGGCUCCGACGUGCUGCAGUACGAGUACACCAAGGUCGGCGACCUCCUCUUCUGGGACAUGUCGAGCAUCGAUCUGAGCUCAGGCUCGCCGCUCGUGGCUGCCGGCUUCGAUGUCAGCAUCGAUGACAGCUCGUGCGACACCGUCACCUGCGCCCCCGGCGACGUCAACUGCUCCGAAUCCUACCAGUACCCUGACGACCACAACACCCGUGCCUGCUCCAGCAGUGCUGCUUAUACCCUCACCCUGGGUACAGCGAACUAAGCAAAACAAAAUCGUCCUUGAAACGUCAUGUCACUCUUUCAUUUCCCGGCGUUUCUUGGACUUCCACGACCCGCAUAUAGGCAGGCCCUCGCCCAGGCAGGCGGUCUUACGACUCAUGACGGAUGCGCUCUAGUAGCGCUCACGGUAUAUAUGGGAACGGAACUUGGCGCAUAUGAAGGAUAUACCAGAUACCUAGGGUUGGGAUAGAUUGAAAAAUACACCACUUUACACUACCUC